CAACUGCGCGAAAGCACCUACAAGCCAGCCUAUACCCUAGCCCGCCGCUCUAUUCAGAAUGAAAGUGAAAGUAAGCUUGUUUGAAGCAUGCAAACAGUCGAGUAGAUUUCAGAUAAACGAGGGAUCCACCGACAAGAGAAGUCGACUUCUAGAGGAGCGUGUGCGAUAAAUCAACAUGGCCUCAAAUGGUGUCCUUCUUUUGUUCACUUUCAUCCAUCUCAGCAUUGGACAUACAGCUUUUGUAGAUCUGGAAGUCCGUGCUGAAAAUGUGGGAAAAUAUGGCCAGCAGUCAUUGCUGGAAUGUGUUUACAUACACUCACCAGAAGCAGAGGGUGGAAAACUCGUCUGGGUCGAGUGGAAAAAAGAGGGAGUUGAAGAAGCAUUACUGUCUUUUCACAAAGGUAGCACUACAGCAGAGUCAGGCUAUUCAUUUGCUGAGCCGUCCUGGAACACCACAAACAGGAACGUCUCCCUGCUCAUUACCAGCACUUCUGUAAAGGACCAGGGAGAAUAUACAUGUAACGUGAUGACAGAAAGUGGAGAUGGAUUCAAAAACACCCGGCUUAGAGUAACAGCCAAGUACAACAAACCAGCUAUAAAAUUAGACCCUCAGACAAGUACCCUGAUGUGCGAUUCCGACAGUGGCUAUCCAGAAGGUCAACUUUGCUGGUUUGAUGAGUUCGGCACAGAGUGGACCAAAAGCUCUCAAAUGGAGGCGAAGAAGACUGAAAGUGGUCUGUUUAACCUCUCCAGUAAGCUGACUUUGAUGGACGGAUCUACUUUCUCCAGCUACACUUGCAAAGUGUUUAAUGUCAGUGGAGGAAACGAGGAAGAGGCCACAUAUACAGUACAAGAGCCAGAAAAGACAGGACGUGCCCAGGGGAAUAAGAUGGAUGGCACCACCAAAGUAGUCGCUCCUCUGGUGGUCAUCGGAUCCCUGAUCGUAGGGUUGCUGCUGCUGAUGCUGCUGCUUUACAAAAGGCGAUCUCAACUGGUCCGGAGGUUCUCUACACGACCCCUUAUUAUGGGUGACCAUCAGCCGGUUGACACAUGUGACUCACCUGUUGAGCAAGGAGAGGAUCAAUCAUGCCCAGACAGUCCGGCCUGAGAAGAUAGUGCCUGUCACAUGACAUGUGGAAAUGCACUGGCAACCUUUGAAAUCAACACUUCCUUGUUUGCUAAUCUCACUGUUUUCCUUACUGCAAACAACUAUAACCAGAAUUAACUUGUACUACUGUGAUGUUCUCAGAGGAUUUGUUUGAGCUUUAUUUACCUUAGCUAAAUAGGUGAACACUCCAAAAUCAAGUCUAAAUCUAAA